AUGUCGCUCCGUUUCAUCCGAUUCAUCUUGACUCUGCUGCUCCUAUGCAAGAAUCCCUAUGCGGCGGACUGCCCGCUUCUCGGCCAGGCAUUUCCUCCACCUCGAAUGCUUUCCCGUUCAUCGACCUGGAAGAAAGCAAUCGAGGAUUUCGAAUCCAACCUCAAAGCACUUCUCUCCCAGUCCACUGACUUAGAUGCGAUGACCACGUCAUUUUCAAUCAAUAUCUUCUCAAGUCAUGAGAAGAACCUACUCUACGAAUACCAUCACGAUGCCCCGGGUCUCAAAGGCUCAAUUGCUAAGGGCCAGAAACUCAAUGGAGACACAAUGUAUCGAAUUGCAAGUAUCUCAAAGGCUAUGACGCUAUAUACCUUUUUGAUCGAAACUGGCUUCAAAUAUUUCAAUGAACCUGUUGCGAAAUUUGUCCCUGAAAUCGAGAGGGAAAUCCAGAGGCAAGGGGUGAAUUUAGAUGAUACCCUGGUUCCUCAAUGGAGAGAGAUCACGGUCGGUUCUCUAGCAAACAUGUUCGCGGAAUUCAUCGUCCGUCAUCCGGUUUUUGCUCCUUUUACCACUGCUAUCUAUUCGAACGUGGCUUUUGAUAUUAUUGGAUAUGCCCUCGAGCAAAUCACAAAUGUUCCAUUUGAAAAAUCGGUCAAGCGCUCGAUCAUCAAUCGACUCAAACUCAAACGUUUCGGUGUCGAAACACCUCCCACCACCUGGGGAAUUAUCCCAUCUGAUCCUGUAACAUCGUAUUGGAACGCGUCAGUUGGCUCCGGCAACCCUGCUGUAGGAUUUUAUUCAAGUGCGUCUGAUCUGGCUCGGGUCGGACAGUCGAUUCUGCAAUCUCGUCUGAUUUCAGAAACGGAUACUCGACGGUGGCUGAAGCCCAACUCUCACACCUCCUCUUUGCUCUCUUCCGUUGGCAGCCCCUGGGAAAUUUACCGAUCAUCAAGCCCAAGACUUGUUGAUUUUUAUACCAAAUUUGGAGACCUUGGUAGAUACGGCUCCGCAAUCGCCCUCAUCCCGGACUACGAUGUUGGAUUCACGGUUCUGGCGGCGGGUGCAAACCCAGGGCGCCAAAGAACACUCCUUGCUGAUUUAAUUAGCAGUUUACUCAUCACCACUCUUGAAAAAGAGGCCCGGACCCAGGCAAGAGAAGCUUUCGCGGGAACCUACACAUCCACAUACAAUGAAAACGACAUGACCACUGUGGUGAAAAUCAGUGACGAAAAGGACAGCCCUGGUCCAGGACUAGCUAUUGACUCGUUCUAUCUCAACGGCGUCUCAUUUGAAGACAUUGUUGGUGCAUUCAUCGGGGAAAGGCGGGGGACUUUCCCUAAAGUAGGUCUCCGUCUGCAGCCCACCGGCCUGACGGCAAGGUACGCCAACAGGUCGCGCGGAUCGGUCCGGUCACGAACCUCCUUCCGUGUCAUUGCGGAAAUUCGGGAGCCAGGCGCCAAUAAUAAUUUGACCAAGGAGAAUAUUUUCAGCGGUCCUUGUAAAACGUGGAUGUCGAUUGAUGGCUUGCGGUACGGAGGUAGGUCUAUUGAUGAGCUUGUCUUCGAACUAGAUGAAGCUGGGAAGGCUGUGGCGCUUGAAACGAGAAUCACUCAACAAACGCUGCUGAGAACUGACGGUGGGAGCCCGUGA